CUAGAAGAACACGAAAAAAGUAAAGUCAUUCUGCUGAUGCUGAAUCAUUUAUUAUUCAAAGUAAAAAUGUUGAUAUUAAAACACUUUUGUGUACUAAAAGUGUUAAUCUCCAUAAAAAACAAAUUUUAGUCAGACGUGCAGUACUACAUAGAAUUAUCGAUAUUUUAAAAUUAAUUGGAAAAAGAGGUCUCAGUUUUAGAGGAUCAAUUGAAUCUACUUAUACUCUUGAAAAUGAAAAUGUAAACCAUGGAAACUUUUUGGAAAUAUUAAUGUUAUUGUCUAAGUACGAUUUGACCUUGAAAAACCACUUAAAUCAAACUAUUGAAUUAAGUAGAAAAAGACUCGAUAAAGUUGGAAGUAGCCGUGGACGAGGAGACUUAAUAUCUUUUUUUUUAAAAACCACAUUAAAUUAUAAAAUUGAUUCAAUACGUGAAUUAAUUAUUUCACGAAUUGCUGAUGAGGUCAAUGAAGCUAAAUUUUUUACUAUUCAGAUCGAUACAACACAAGAUAUCAACGUUACCGACCAAUGUUCUGUAAUUAUAAGAUACGUGAAUGACAAAGUUCAUGAACGAUUAAUUAAAUUAUUUAGCGUUUCUUCGUCAACUGGGAAAUCGAUUUGUGAUCAAGUAUGUGUAAAUUUAAAAUUGGCAAAUAUUAAUAUUAAAAAUUGUAUUGGAAAUGCUACCGACGGCGCGGCGAAUAUGCAAGGUCAGUACAAUAGUUUUAAUACUUGGUUACAAGAAGAAGCUGGAACUCAGCUACAUACUUAAUGUUACGCACAUGUUUUAAAUUUGGUCAUGAUGGACAUAACAGAA